UGCGCAUGAAAAUAGUCGAGGCAUGUGCAGAGCGAGUAAAUAUAAAUUACAAUACGACCCCCCUUCGUCUCCAUCCCCAACUCACACACCGGCCGGAUCCGACACAACCAUGGUCACGUCGCCGAUCGUAAACACAUACCCACUCGCCAGCUACACUUUCGGAGUCAAAGAGCCCAAAAUGGAGAAAGACACCUCCGUCGCCGAUCGUUUAGCUCGUAUGAAAGUCAAUUAUAUGAAGGAGGGUAUGAGGACUAGCGUCGAAGGGAUAUUGAUGGUACAAGAACACAAUCACCCACAUAUACUUCUGCUGCAAAUUGGGAACACUUUUUGCAAGCUUCCUGGUGGGCGUCUAAAGCCAGGAGAGAAUGAAAUUGAAGGCUUAAAAAGAAAGCUUUCCAGCAAACUUGCUGCUACUUCACCUGGUAUACAACCUGACUGGCAGAUAGGCGAGUGCGUGGCUACAUGGUGGAGGCCAAAUUUUGAAACAGUAAUGUACCCCUACUGCCCUCCCCACAUAGCAAAACCGAAGGAAUGUAAGAAGAUUUUUCUUGUUCAUUUGUCGGAGAGAGAGUACUUCGCAGUGCCAAAGAACUUGAAACUUCUUGCUGUUCCAUUGUUUGAACUCUAUGAUAAUGUUCAGAGAUAUGGACCUGUCAUCUCCACCAUUCCGCAGCAGUUAUCUAGAUUCCAGUUUAGCAUGAUGCAGGCAUAAAUAAGGAGAGAACUUUAGAUCUCAGUCAGCGGUAGGACUUGUUGGGGGAAUUUGAGUUGUUAGGUGUGCAGGUCCUGAACUUUGCUGAUGACAGAAAAGUUUGUUUGACUUAUCUGGACGUUUUAUUUCUAGACUUAAUAUUUAAAAAUAUUUAGAAAAGAUGAGGAGCUGUCUGGUGCUAGUUUUUAUCAGGACAAGGUAUACUUCGUCGUGUGAGUAGUAUUGAAUUCCAUGUUGUGAGGCAAAGUUCUUCAUUUCUGUUCAUGGAUUUACUUCUGAUGUCAUAUGAUUUACUGGUUCUUCUGUAUGAAUAAUAAAUUAAUAUUAACAAUUUCUGUUCUCUUGAUA